AUGACUUUAAGUGUAGCCAAUAUCCGUGUAGGUUCUAAUUCUAUUCUACCAAUAAGAAUAUUUAUUAAUAGGAAACAACUUGCAAAUAACAUCCCAUCCAAUACCGUUUUUGAAACACCUUUAUUAUCUAGCAGCACUCUUGUAUCACUAAAAUCACCUAAAACAAGAAUAUAUAUCUCAAAUAAUGAUAUGAAAAACUUAUGUGAUGAAUUAAAAGAUGACCUUCUUCUAAUAUUAUAUGAACUAACUUCUCCCAUGAUCUAUAACACAGUUCUUCAGAAAACAAGAAUUGGUAGUACAUUAGAUUUUCAACAAAAUAUAGUUAAACGUAUAAUAGGUUCCUAUGAUGAAAAUAGUGAUGAUCAUGGACGUGGUGAAUUUCUAAAAUCACAUAUACUUACAAUUAAAAAAUUAUCGAAAGUUAAAUACAAAUUACAUUUUAAGUUUAAUUGGGAAGUAGAAAUUUAUAUUAAUAGCAUAUCUAAAUUGUCAAAAAUACGGCAAAAUUUGAUCUUUAAGAAUUAUCCAAAUAAUUUAGAUGUGUAUGAUAGACGAGCUUCAUUGCUUAUAGAUAAAUCAACAAUUGUAAUACCAGAAGAAGAAGUAAUGCCAAAUAUUGAUAAUAACUCAAUUUUAUCCCAAUCAAAAGAAGUAAAUGUUGAUGUUAAGCCAGAAAUUAUCUUCAAAUAUAAACCAAUUGCUACUUUUGUACCGUGUAUAGAUAUUCACAUUUUACAACGACCCAGAAGAAAACAUUGA